AUGCCUCACAAGAAACAGAAAAAACCAAGCCAUGCUCCCCAAAACGGCUCUCCCCAAAAGGAGAAUAAGCCGGAUACACCUGAACCUCCCGCCGUAACAGGGCCCACCAUAGGCUCAACAAACUACAGAGAGAUCCAUCAGGACGAGGCGGAAGCUCUGAGAUCAAUCUAUGGCGAGGAUUUUCACGAUGUAGAGCUUCGACAAGCAGCUUGGAAGCAAUCAUCCCAAGUGGCUUUCAAGCUUCGUCUUAGAGCAUCCUCGGAUCCUAGCGUUAGCGUUCUACUCUUUGUUGAGCUCCCGACAACGUAUCCAAAGACUGUGCCGAACCUGGUUAUCGAAGAGUCGGAUGAUAUUCGGCAAGGUCCAAGAUCGAGGAUUGAGAAGGUCAUCAAUCAUAAACCAAAAGAACUACUCGGCUCAGAAAUGAUAUACGAGCUUGCAGUGAACAUUCAAGAAGUACUUGAAGAUGCAGCAGUCGCGCGGGCGGAGGACAAGGACAUGCCUAGCUUGGAGGAGGAGCGCAUCGAGCAAGAAGCCGCAGCAAUUCAACAGGCGGAGCAACACAAGAAGGAAGAACUGCGCAAACAAGAGGCAGCCUCAGCCGAAGAAGAACGAGCAUUACAACGACUUUUACAGGAUAAAAUGAGACAACGGGAGCGUACAAAGGCUCGAGAUUCUCGACGCAAAAGUCGUACUGCAGCACUGGAUAUCGGUGACAUUCCCGAGGAUAGUUCCGACUACAUCACUUUCGAUCCGCCUUUGAUCAUGAACGAUAUCGAUGAACGGCCAUUCACAUUCCAGGCGAUAUCUAGCAAAUCCUUGCUUCAGUCGUCCCAAAAUUCUGAAACAUUCACAGCAAGGCCUUAUAUUUCUGGGAAUCGCACUCGUGCACCGCUUGUUGUGCUGAAAGAAAUGUACUUGGAGGACAAGGGCUCGGAUUCGUUGGCGUUCCGGCAGCAGAUACGGACAAGCGAGGAUAAGCUUGAGGCUCUGAAAAAGCUACGCCAUGCUAAUCUAGUUGAAUUGAUAGGCUUCAAAAUUUUCCGUCCAAUACAGACACCAGAUUCUUCAAACAGUGGCUGGCAAAUCUGCGUUCUAUUCGAGUAUGCCAAUAAAGGCUCACUCUCGGAGCUGUUAGAUAUGAUAGGAAACGGCGUGGUACACGGGGACAUCCAUAGUGGCCGUGUAAUGCUAUUUCGCCAUGCAAGUGGAAGCACAACCGUCAAGCUCCAGGGCAAUGUUGAAGCAACCUUGCCACAAUGCAACAAUCGACAGGAGGCUCUAGCGACAUCUAGAUCCCCAUUUUGGCUGCCUCCAGAGCUAGCCCAGAAUGACGCACGCUCGACAACCAAAACGGACAUCUGGGAUCUCGGCAUUGUACUUUUGCAAAUGGGCUUUGGGAAAGAUGUACUACAAAAGUACACAUCCGCAAAUGCCGUCAUGAACAGCCUGGACCUGUCCAUGUCUCUGCACGAUCUUUUGCGAGAAAUCUUCAAGCCGGAUCCGAAGAAACGUCCAACAGCUUUUCAGCUGCAACCUUCUGAAUUCUUCAGGGUUGGCGCUCCACUACUUGAAAGUUCCGCAACUUCACAUUCCAAUCCUUUUAUGAGACGACCUCGUAUAGAUUCGCAAGUGGGAAUGCCUAGUUUCUCACGUUACGCCCAUGAUUUUGACGAGGCUGGCCGCCUGGGGAGAGGCGGUUUCGGCCAGGUCGUCAAAGCACGAAACAAGUUAGACGGGCGUUUUUAUGCAAUCAAAAAAAUAUCCCAAAACUCUCCUGGUACAUUGAAAGACACCCUUUCCGAAAUCAUGCUACUGUCAAGAUUGAAUCACCCAUAUGUAGUCCGCUACUACACGGCAUGGCUUGAAGAAGACCACGACACAAUUGACUCAGAUGCCUUAUCGACGGCUGAUGAUGAGUCAAUGACAGACAGAGACUUGGGCGCGAGCACCAGUGGCUUAGACUACAUUAGUUCGAGUGGGUAUCCCAAGGUCGAGUUUGGUUAUGACUCUGAUGAAGACAGUACGUUUUCAGAUCGGGGGAUAGUUGUUUCGAAGGACUUGAUUGCUAGUACCACGGACAUCGGCAGCGAGAUUGGCCGAGUACAGUCAGGAUCACAAGGUCGGUCUGUGACAACCACACUAUAUAUUCAGAUGGAAUAUUGUGAGAAGCACACUUUGAGGGAUUUGAUUCAUGAUGGUCUCUAUGACGAUAUUGACCGUUGCUGGCGUUUAUUCCGUCAAAUACUGGACGGUCUCAGCCACAUUCACAGCCAUGGCAUCAUUCAUAGGGAUUUGAAACCGGAUAAUAUCUUCAUAGAUAUGGCAAACAAUCCCCGCAUUGGUGAUUUUGGCUUGGCCAUGAGUGGACAUUUCACUACAGAAGUUCGCUAUUCCGCGGCCACAGAAAUAGCUGGAGACUUUACUCGCAGUAUCGGUACGACAUACUAUGUUGCGCCUGAAAUCAAGUCAACCUCCACUGCUCAAUACAAUGAAAAAGUUGACAUGUAUUCUCUUGGCAUCAUUUUCUUCGAGAUGAAUUAUCCAUUACGCACGGGUAUGGAAAGAGAUCAUACUUUGCGAGAAAUGCGCGAAAAGAACCACAUAUUACCACCAAUAUUUCAACAACCAGAGAAAGCGAUACAAGGAGAGAUUAUUGAAUCCUUGCUGAGUCACCGUCCUAGCGAACGACCUUCUGCUUCCGAGCUUCUCCAAAGCGGCAAAAUACCCUUGCAAGUCGAGGAGGAGACAUUCAGGAGAGCUAUAAUAGGCCUACUUUCCGAUCCUAGCUCCCCAGAUUAUAAGAAGAUCCUGUCAGCAAUAUUCUCCCAGUCCCCGAAAAAAUUCGAAGACCUCACUUGGGACAUGGAUUCUCGCGGAAAUCCAGGCUCGAAUGAGAUGCUUAUUAGUGGACUGGUCAAAGAAAAGCUUAUACAGAUAUUCCGUCGACACGGUGCCGUUGAGACUACAAGACAACCAGUUUUCCCCAGGUCAGGCCACUAUCAAAACGGUGUUGUGAAACUGUUAGAUACGUCUGGAAAUAUACUGCAACUCCCCUUUGAUCUGACACUACCUAAUGCUCGCUCUAUUCCCCGACAAGAUCCGUCCUUGGAGAAAACAUUCUCCUUUGGCAGAGUCUAUAGAGAGUCACCACACGGUGGUGAGCCGAAAUCACACCGAGAAGCCGAUUUUGAUAUCGUUUCCUACAACACACUAGAUCUUGCUCUCAAAGAAGCAGAGGUUAUCAAAGUCCUUGACGAAAUCAUAGAAACAUUUCCAGUGUUGAGAUCUGUGCCUAUGUGUUUCCACAUCAACCAUUCCGACCUGCUUCAACUGAUAAUGGAGUUUUGCCGUAUCACUGCGGCUCAAAUUCCUGUCACGAAAGAAAUAUUGAGUCGCUUGAACGUGGGCAAGUGGACAAUGCCGAAGAUUAGGAGCGAGCUUCGAAGUCCCACAAUCGGUGUUGCAUCAACUUCUUUGGAUGACUUGGCGAGGUUUGAUUUUCGAGAUACACCUGAUAAAGUUCAGCAAAAAUUACAGAUGAUUAUGGAAGGCACCGAGUUCGCUGAUAGAUUACCACCAAUCUUUGCUCGAAUCAAGUCUUUGGUUUCCUUUAUCAGUGGAUUUGACGUCAAGCGCAAAGUAUAUGUCAAUCCUCUUGCAAGUCUCAAUGACAAAUUCUUCAGAGGCAGCAUCCUAUUCCAAUGUUUGUUCGAUGGCAAACGGCGAGAUGUGUUCGCCGCUGGAGGACGGUACGACCAACUCAUCCAAGAGUUCAGCCCUAAGCUGCUGUAUAGCCGUUCUCAGGCACAUGCAGUUGGCUUUAAUCUCAGCUGGGAUCGACUGAGUUCUUCAAUGAUUGACCACAUCAAAAAUUCAGCAAAGACUUUUACGAAGCAUGAAGCUGAGGUUGAAGGAUUCUGGCGAUCUCGACGAUGUGAUGUACUUGUUGCCAGCUUCGAUCCCACUGUCCUUCGAACUGUAGGAGUUCGCAUAGUGCAAGACCUGUGGGCGCAUGAUAUCAUUGCGGAACUUGCGGUAGACGCAUCCUCAUUUGAAGAGCUCAUUUCUCACUAUAAGGAGGAUAAUCAUUCUUGGGUUGUGCUAGUCAAAGCUGAUAGUAACGAACGUGGACUUAAGAUCAGAAGCCUGGUCAAGAAAGAGGAAAUUGAUGUCAGAGCAUCAGAUCUAGUGCCCUGGCUGCGUGCAGAGAUACGAGCACAGCAUCAUCGUGAAAUCUUAGUCGACAAUCCUAAGGUUUUGAGGAAUCCGAGUCAACCGGAUACAGGUGGACCCAGUGGUGAACGUGGAAAUGAUGUGCGUAUUUUGGUUGCACAGCACAGGAGUAAGAAAACAAAUCGAAGAAACAUUAUUGAAUCAGCUCUUCUACGGUCUCGCGAACUUGUAGAUAAAGCCCUUAAUGGGCCCAUUGCGGCAGUUGAUACUAGGGAUGAUUUACUUGAUGCUAUUCGGGAUACUCGUCUAUGCGAUCCCGACAGCUGGCGGGCAGUCAUCCAGAAUGCGCCUCUGACAGAACGAAAGUACCUUGGACAGGUUCAUGAACUGCUCCGAGAUCUCGCUUCUGAGUAUGCACCAGGCGGAGGCAAGGAGCAUGAAUCGAACAACGCUUUCAUUUAUAACCUCCGCACUGGUACAUGCAUAUAUUACGACCUUGGCCGUACAACGUAG